UACUGUAGAUCGUAGAAGUGACUUCUUUCAAAUUUGCUUUAUUAAAUUUUAUAAAUACAUUGUAUCAAAUCCGAAAUAAAAUUUUUCUUUAUUUAAUUCAAGCUAUUAGUGUUGUGAAAUUAGUAUUUAAAAUAUAUAUCUACAAAAAAUAUUUUAUAUUGUUUAAAUAAAACAUAAAAGAAACAAUAUACAGUAAGAAAUGAACAACAAAUCUGGCCCCACCGUGGAUGCAGUGGAAGUUGAGAGGCAUUCAGAGUUAAAGAAUAACUGGUGGAUGCCAAAUGGUUCCGUACCAUGUCUUCAUAGCAUGAACGACCUGAGAAUUCCCUAUAUAAUUGACGGAAUAACAUCGACAAAGAGUAUUGAGAACGCCGCCUUGCCACUCGCUAACAUAAAAAUAUUGGAUAUCGGUUGUGGAGGUGGUUUAGUGUCAGAGCCAUUGGCAAAAUUGGGGGCGAAUGUCACGGGCAUAGAUCCAAGUCAAGAACUGAUAGAUUUGGCGAUAGAGCACAGCCAAAAUAUCGGGCCAAAUAAACCAACAUAUUACUGCACAACGCUUGAGGAACAUGCUCCUAGCCAUCAAAAUUACUAUGAUGCCAUCGUGGCCUCCGAGGUCAUUAGCCACUUGGUCAAUAAAGAAUUAUUUUUCGAGUUAUGUGCAGAAACUCUGAAACCCGGUGGAAAGAUAUUUAUAACCGCACCGAAUAAAACAUGGUUAGCGUACUUCUUCGGAAUAUACGUGGCUGAAAAUAUACUUAAAGUAGUUGCUAAGGGUCUACACGAUUACGAGAAAUUUAUAUCGCCUGAAGAUGUCUCACGCAUAUUAGAAAAAAAGAACUGCAGAGUGGACAAUACCCGAGGUUUAAUUUACUAUCCCUUUUUACAUAAAUGGCAAUGGAUGUAUUUCAAAUCUCUAUGGUAUGCUCUAGAAGCGACUAAAUUGGAAUAGGUUCAAUGAGGUGUUAAUAUUUUGAUAUUUUGUAAUUAUAAAUAAUUAUUUUACUA